AUAGCAGGAAUUAGCAUUGAGGUUACUGUAGCUUUGUCAUAAAGCUGAUGACACUGUGGGCUUCAAUCAUUUCGCCUUCCCCUUGACAAUGGAUCCGGACAGUCAGGAAAGUCUAGAAUUAGCUUCAAUUGCUUCAGAAUCCUUACAUUUCUGCAUGUGUAUUGGCUGUGCAGUUUAAGUUUAUCAUCCUGCUCUGAUAAUACUGGCAAUUGUGUGGUGGAUCUCUUGGAGUAAACCAAACUGUCUCUAACUGUCUCUGUGCUAUAUCACAUCUCUCAAAUUGGAUUAUAAGAACCACCGUUUUAAGAAACGUUUGUGUCAAAUGACUAGCUACCUCUAAAGUUUCCUCUAGCUCAGGGUCCACCAGCCUGUGUGGUAUCGAACAAAUAAUCUACAAUGGUAACCGCAAAUUUUACAGUUUGUGGUCUAGGGCUAGUGGUUCUGAAACUCGGUCCUGGGGUGCCAAUGUGUAUGCUGGUUUAAGUUGCACGGCACUGCUCUUUCCUAUUUAAUGUUAAUAAACAACUGGUGACAAUUGCACAGAAUAUGACCUGCUUUGUGUGCGAAUGGGAAUCUGUUUUUUAAACCGUGUCAAUGUAUGUCUAGCUGGACGUUCAAGGGCGUCAUGCUAUUCUUAUUUUAUCAAAGAGAACUUUAGUUGAACAUUUAUCAUUGUUUUUACGUCAGCCAACAAGCGUGUUUUGAAUCCGGGGCAAAAAACAGCGUCCGUGGUAACCGGUGGCAACCAGAUUGAAAACUGGUUGUCAUCACAUCGUCCGUUUAUUAGAAUCGAUCUCUUUCGCAGCAUAGAGACAAGUGUCCCAAACUCGGAAUUAUAAUUUAGUCAAAUCUGUUAUGGCGAAAGCAGAACAGGCAAAAUGCGAACAAUUUCCAAGCGCAUCAUCUGUCAAUAAAGACGACUCGCUUCCUUUGUUAAGCAAAACAACUAUGGCGGAGAAAAGGAGGUCCGGUGGGUCGGGCAUCCUGCCCGACUCCAAACCAGCGAAAACUGACACCGAGAAAGAGUUUCUGUCACAAGCCGGAGUGGGAGUGCUACUUCGAGGAGCUCUCCUGAAAUUGGUGGAGGCCAGGUCAGAAGAUCCGAUUGGUUUUCUGGCCGACCACUUUAGUAAUUUAGCUUCUGAGCCCGACAACGGUGCGGCUGGGUGCGGCGAUGCGGAGCAACAGAACACCGCAGAUGAGCAGCAACAACUGGCUAGGGCUAUGUGGCACCUCCGGUUAGCACAUCACUCCCAGAGAUCUGCCUUCAACAACAACGUGCGCAUAGCCUACGAUCUUCUUGUGCAGAGCGGGCAGCGUCGACGACUGGGAGGCGGGGUGCGAGGCAGGCUCUACACACAAAUGCUGCGUUUACUCUGCGGCGAAGGGGACGUGCCGGAAUCAACGGCCGUCCCCCUCCUGCGCCGAAUCCAAUGUCACGACCACGAGGCUGUGCCCUUCGAACUCUUCCGACAGGGCGUGCUGACUUGCGCGGUGUUUUCGGACUACGUGAGAAAAUCCCGGUCCCUAUAUGUGGAAAUCUGCCCCUGCGCCGAUAUGGCGGCCGAGAGGACACUGUGCCAAGCCGUUUUGGAGACCCUGCGGGAAGCACUUGACACCUCCGACUGCGCUGACUCGGUCCGGUACCUGGAGGCCAGCGCUAAGAUAGCACCGUGCAAGCUCGCCGAGGCCAUGGCGCUGGCUCACAACCCCGGUCAGACCCAAACGGGCCCUUCCAUGGAACCGCAGGAGUUCGAGGACGCGGCGUCCGCCCUUUUCAUUGAGCGAGUGCGCCCUGUGUCAUAAUCAUCUUUCAAUAACAACACUGAAGCGUUGUGACAUUACAACCAUAACCUCCAGGCAGAAUGGAGUACAGAAUAAUCUUAAGUACGUUGUACCUCAACAAAAUAGAAUCAAAACUAGACUGUGCUACACUGUAUGUAUAAUAAUUGUUUUUUAUUUAAAUGUUUCAGGACUAGCCAUGGUAUAAAAAAAUAAAAAUAAAAAUUAUAUAAGCUUUUCCCAAA